CAUUUCGUUCCCCUUCCCCUCCUCCUUCUUCUUCCGCGGCUCUCCCGGUUUUUUAAUGCGAAAGAGACAGAAGAAAAAAAAAUCAUCCAUUCCAUCGUCGAUUUCCAUCUCUCCUAAGCUCCUGCUUUCUACUACUUCUUCUUCUCGAUUUUCACGGUGAGCGGGGCGGCGGAGCUUGGUUGGAGCUGAGCCGAGCGGCAGCUGUUUCUUUUUCUUGCCUCUUUCACUGGAAAGAAGGAACAAGAUGAGUUUGGUGGGGAGACAGAUGUCGCGAUCUCACUCCACGGCGCACCACCACCGCCAGUACUCCGAUAACUUCCUCGACGCCAGCAAAUGGCUCCAAUCGUCUUCUCAGGACUUCGGGUACGGGUCAAAGAUGAAUCGGAGCAUGCAGUCAAACCCGUCGACUCCGCCGGUCUGCUCGCGGUCGUCGAGCCUCCGACACGCUGGGGACGGCCAAGUGUCGCCGGGCCUGCUUGAUCUCCACUCCUUCGACACCGAGCUUCUCCCCGAGAUGCAAGUUGGGAGCCGCUAUGAAGGAUACUCGUUUGAUCAAAGAAGCUCUCGUGGUAGGAGUUUUGAUGACUCCGAGCCAAAUCUCUUGGCCGGCAAAGUUGGAAGCAGAUCGGCUAAAGGGCUGCCUGAGAAUAGCCUUCUCAAGAGCUUCUCUGCUUCAGUGGAUAAGGAGAGAGCCAACAAUGUUGCCAAGAUCAAAGUUGUGGUGCGAAAGAGGCCAUUGAAUAGGAAAGAGAAGACGAAGAAAGAAGACGAUAUCAUCACCAUUGAACCGAAUUCGGAUGCUCUCACUGUUCAUGAGACCAAGCUCAAGGUGGACUUGACCGAAUAUAUGGAGAAACAUGAAUUUGUUUUUGAUGCUGUGCUGGAUGAAGGUGUUUCAAAUGAUGAAGUUUAUGCAGAGACGGUUCAACCAAUCGUGCCUUUGAUUUUCCAACGAACAAAAGCAACUUGCUUCGCAUAUGGGCAAACUGGAAGCGGCAAGACCUAUACCAUGCAACCACUUCCAAUCAAGGCCUCACAAGAUAUAUUGAGGCUAAUGAUUCACACUUACAGGAAUCAAGGUUUUCAAUUGUUUGUCAGCUUCUUCGAAAUAUAUGGUGGAAAGCUUUUCGAUCUACUCAACGAUAGGAAAAAGCUUUGCAUGAGGGAGGAUGGGAAACAACAGGUGUGCAUCGUGGGUCUGCAGGAAUACAGAGUAUUUGAUGUGGAGACAAUCAGGGAGCUCAUUGAAAGAGGAAAUGCCACAAGAAGCACAGGUACAACUGGUGCAAACGAGGAGUCUUCUAGAUCACAUGCUAUACUUCAGCUUGUGAUCAAGAGAUCAGCUGAUGGAUCCGAAUCAAAACCUGCCCGGGUUGUAGGAAAGCUGUCUUUCAUUGAUCUUGCUGGAAGUGAGCGUGGUGCCGAUACCACUGAUAAUGAUAAACAGACGAGGAUGGAAGGAGCUGAAAUCAACAAGAGCUUGCUGGCUCUGAAAGAAUGCAUAAGAGCUCUCGACAGCGACCAGGGUCAUAUUCCAUUUAGAGGGAGUAAACUGACUGAAGUACUACGCGAUUCAUUCGUUGGCAACUCACGUACUGUGAUGAUAUCUUGUAUCUCGCCUAGCUCAGGCUCUUGUGAGCAUACUCUCAACACUCUGAGAUAUGCUGAUAGGUAUGAGGACUGUGCAAAAUGGGUGAAAAGUCUAUCAAAAGGAGGCUCCAAGAGGGAUCUUCUGUCCUCUUCAACUCCAAACCUCAGAGACUCGACUGCUUUGCUGCAGAUGUCUGAUGAUAGCAUAACCGAAUUCCCCAGUGAUAAGAACAGGUUUGGUUGGUCAAAGUCAGUCGAUAGGGAAUCAUCUCCACCUCAUAAUCUGGAACGUGUGCCUAGUGGAAGAUCACAGAGCUACCAAGUUUCUGUAUCUGAUGAUAGAUGGAGAAAUGAUGCUCCAACGAAACGGCCUGAGAUCCUGAUGCCUCAACCCAACAAUUUUCAUCCAGACGAGGACUUGAAUGCUUUGUUGAUGGAAGAGGAAGAUCUUAUAGCUGCACACCGGCAACAAGUAGAGGAGACAAUCAGCACAGUCAGGGAGGUAAGUCAGUUAGCUAGCUGCUGCAGUGCAACUUCCAAUCGCUUCCUAUUUCCGCGUAUUCGAAUGGACUUGCUAGCUGCAGCUGACGAGCCAGGCAACCAGCUGCACGAUUACGUCGCCAAGCUGAAUACAAUUCUCUCGCAGAAAGCUGCGGGAAUCGUACAUCUGCAGACCCGGCUUGCUCAAUUUCAACGCCAUUUGAGUGAGCAUAAUGUCAUAGUAUCUUCAUCUGGCAACUGAAUUUUUUCAUCUUUGAUGGAGUGGAGUGACACGUCUGUAUUUAUCUAUUCCUUUUCUUUACACUUUGAUCACUGUUUGUUUGUUUGUUUGUUUGCAAAAUCGGCCAUUGAUUGAUGAUGGCAUAUACAUCUGAGUUGCAGAUCAUAUCAGUAAUCAGAUGUUAUUUGUAGAAAGGAAUGUGUUUGGCAGCAGAGGACAUAAUUGAGUUACAACUUUUGGCGUCAUUCAAUAUUCAUUCUGGUUCUUUGAUUUUUUUUGGAUGCUUGUAAUUAGUAGACUGACUUGAGAGUUGAGA